UGGUUUUUUCAUUUUUGCGUUUUUAAAUUUUUAAUUUUUGCAAUUUGAAAAGUGAAUAUGAUAAAUUUUAUUAUCGAAGUUUUUGCUGAUCCUCGCAGCCUGAUGGAUGAUCACGAUUCACCAAUCUUAAUCCUUACCGCCGAAUCAUACACGUCCCGAUAGGCCGCUGAGCGCUUUCACAGAGCGACUGUGCGUCGAUUUAUCACGGCCAUGCGUUAUCGUCUUCCUUUUGUUUACAUCGUUAUCGCUGCAUAUUUCCCCGUAUAAACAUUGGCCUUCGCAACGUCAAGCAUCAUGUGAAGCGGCGCUAAGACAGCAGUCUUCGGUGGCUAAGAUUGUGCCUGGGCAUUUGCGUCGUCGCGUAGAAUGGUGCUACGAAAGCGUGUCCGGACGUGUAUACAGAUCGCAGCCGUCGUCGCUGGUCUCGGCUUCCUCUCGCUGAUAGUGCAUUCGUGGAAUGCCUUCUCCCAUCGGGAACUGGAUGAGUUUGUGCAGGAUGGGAAGCGGUAUAUUCUGCGGAAAAAAGCCGAUGUGUUAGUGGACGGUGGGGAUAGUCUGGAGGAUGCAUUUAGGAAGGCCGAUGAGAAUUCGGAUGGGUUUCUGACGGCGGAGGAGAUUGAGAAGUGGAUUGUUGAUAAAACGCAGAAGCAUCUGGAUGAAGGCGAAGGUGAGCUAAGCAAAAUCUUCACUGAAUCCGACGUGAACAGAAACGCUGUGGUCUCGUGGGACGAGUUCCAGACCUGGUACAAAGCACAUCCAUCCAGCACGAAAAAGAACGAUCUGUCCAGUCUGCGCGAGGAAUGGGACGUGGCGGAUUCCGACCGGAAUGCCGUGCUGAAUCAGCAUGAAUUCCUCUGCUUCCGCCAUCCGGAGCUGUGCAAAGAGACCCUGCUGCAGCUGACCAAGGAUGUCUUUAAAAAUCUGGAUAAAAAUAAUGAUGGGAAAUUAAGCGAGGAGGAGUACACGGCGCCACCGCCUGGUCAGGUGGAGGAGGGUUUUCAGGACUACGAGACACGUUUCAAGGAGCAGCGACGGAAGGAAUUCCUGGUGAUCGACGCCAACCAGGACGGCUGGGCGUCGCCCGACGAACUGGGCCAGUUCCUCAAUCCGCGCAACCACAUCCACGCCAAAACCGAGGCCGACGAGCUGAUCGACGCGGCGGAUGAGAACCAGGACGGCCGGCUGUCGCUGGAGGAGGUGCAGCAGCACCGGGAUCUCUUCGAGCAGAGCAAGCUGAUGAAUGUCGACGAGACGUUCCACAAUGACUUUUGAAUCUAGUCUCUCCCUUGUCGCACUUUGUUUCAGGUUUGUGAUGGGUUUUUCAACUAUGCUUUCAGCCCUGUGUUCCUGUGUGUUGAUGAAUGGGUGGUUUUUGUUGUGGGAUAUUUGUUUGAGUUUACAUGUGGAAAAAUUUUAAUGCGAAUGGAUAAGCGUUGCAUUGUCUGUAUUGGAUCGCCGUGUCUUGUAUUUAUUCUUGUUUGAAGUUUGAAAUGAAAAUACAUCGUUACAUUAAAUGCAAAAACAAAUUAAAAA